GCAUCUUUAUCCCAGUUCUGGUGAAGGUGUAUAAGGGGCUAGACACCUGUCAACACCAGCUUUUCUCCAGGUUGUUUAGAAGAGCUGAGUCCAACCAUCAGCAGUAGCUUCAAGGAGCCAGGAAACUCAAAACUUAAGGUGAAAGGGUCAAAGGUCAUGGGCAAAGGCUCUCUCAGGCUGGGGACAGCUGGAUGGAGUCUGCCUCCCCUAGCCAGGUGGAAGGGACCAUUGCUGAGGCAUUUUUACACCACAUAAAAUGGGCUUAGCACACACAGGAAUCAGGCAAGGCCCAGGUGGGUAGUGGUGGUGGUGGUGAUAUGGAAUAUGUACAGGCUUCCCUGUGGGAAAGGCCCUGCCAUGGGGGCUCCCUCACACACUUGGACCCAGGGUGUUCUUUCUUCCUAGGACCCGGCCCAGGGGGAAGAAAGGAGCCAAGCAGAACCAACCAUCCAGAGCUCCCAUGGACAGACAUCCAGGAGCCCAAAGGGGAGAAAGCUCACCCAGGGAGCCCCAGAGCCCUCUGACCUGGCCUCCCAAGACUUGGCUGCACAAGAUUCCUCCAAGGGCUCUGACCAGAGCCUGGGGGAAGCUGAAUCUCAGCUACUGCAGAUAACAGACUCUCCUCAGGGUCAGGGAGAGAAACCACCACAGGGUCGGAGUGGGCAGUCUCCCCAGGGCUAUAAAGGAGACACAUCUCAAGGUGAAGACAAAGGGGUUCCUCACAGUCAAGGAGGAAAGAGUCUUCAGUGCCAGAAGAAGCAAGCUCCGCAGGAUCAGGAAAUGAAAACUCCCCAGUGUGGAGAAGGCUGUACAUUAGAAGUCUGGGGAGUGACUCAAGAAGAGACAGUAUGGUACCAGGAAGAGGGCAACCACCAGGAUUAUCCCAAAGGCUUCUGCGGGUCCCCAGAAAAACAAAUUCUCCAGUAUGAGAAAACAGAGAUCCCAGGACCUCGGGGUAGCAGCACCCAGUUCAUACAGGAAUCUGCGGCUGUGACAAAGCUGGAGGCCUCCGGGGAAGAUGCAUGGGCUCCUCUCCCUGUGAGGAUGCUCGCAGGAGGCGGGACGCUGGCCCACCGGCCGCACGAUCUCCCUGCAGCUUCCCUGGGAGGAAGCCCCAGCUCCGCUGAGGCAGAAGAAAUGAGGCUCCCAGGCCCUGGGGACCCCAAGCCUUCCAAGGCCGCAUGGCCUGUGCCCGGGAGCGGGGAGGGGGUGCGGGUGAGCGCGGAGCAUCAGGAGAUGGUUCUGCAGCGGCUGCUGGAGCAGCACCGCUCGGCCAGGCAGCGGCGGCAACAGGACUGAGAGCAGCAGCAGCUGCGGGUCCUGGAACGACUCCGCAUCGUCGGGAACCGCCACCGCCGGGUUCACCCACUCGCGAUCCCUCCUAGCGCGGCUCAGCUUCCGCCACAGAAGGACGCGGCCCGGCUGCGACGCGCGCUUCGGGAACAGCUGGAACAAAGGCAGCGAGAGAAGACCCAAUGGCUGCGGGCCCUUAGGGCCAGGAACACUCAGAACUUCCAGGAGCUGCUUUCCCCUGGCGCUGAAGAGCCUACAACUGGAGAAUAAUAGCACCGUUCCCCCCACCCCCGACCCCCGUCCUUGCUGGGUCCCCAUGGAGAUGCGGAGAUGAGAGAGUUAAGGAAAAAGCUAGAGAAUGACCUCCAAGUGGAGGGUAUUUUCAGAAAGACCGGGAGUCAAAAUACACCCAAAACCACGUACAAAGGAAAGGGACUGGGCCCUUUGGCACACCUGUGUGGGAAAUACAGAUCACUGCUACCCUGAGAUACGCUCUCUCCGAAUCCAGCUCAGAGGUGCUAUGUAAGAUGGAUGGGGUUUUUCAUUUGCUAAUAGAAGACAUGAAGUUGGGGAUGGUGGAAAUGGGGGAGA